GGCCCGCGUGGAGGAUGAAUGCACGAGUCGAGAGGAGGCACGGCCCCGCAACUCCUCGUCACGCUCGGCUGCGAGCGCGCGAAGCCCGCGACUGCGUGCGUGUGUUUGUGUCUGCACCAGGCCGAGCGAAGCGAAAGAAGGCGGGGUCCCACUUCUCCAGCGUCCAACGGCGAACGCCUCAUUCAAUUGCGCUUCGGCCUUCUACGGUGCUGCCAGUUACACUACGACGUCGACGGAUACUACACGUCUCGCGCGAGGAGCAUACGUGCGGGGUAUCACCGGAGCAGUGCGCCCGUCUUCAGAUUCACGGUCCCCAUUCCUUAUCCACGACUUCUGCAGGGCGGUGAGCCCCCGAACGCUUCCUCGGUUGCCUCGGUAGCGUUCCGACGUCAUCCUUUCAGCAAGCAACCUGCGUGCGUCUUUCACGAACGAACCCGGGGACGCGUCGUUCCUCGGGAUAGGACCAGUCAGAGCAUUCGGAGCAUGUGUCGGCGAAAAGGCCACUAGAUGACACCAGGGAGAUGAGACAACGGAGCUCGCUCAGCUGUGGCUGCGUGCUUGUGACGUUCUUCGCGAUGUGCCGGUUAUGAAAGACUGGGGUGGACGAUCGGAUUACACAGGAUUCCGGAGCAGGAUAGGCGUCCCGAAAAGGCGACCGUCGGACGUCGCGGCCCCCCUGGACGUCGUCGCCGGUUGGCGACGUCGCGGCCGGCGUCGCGACGGCGGCGGACCCGGUGCUCCGGCAGGCGGUGCUGGGUCUGGUGGUGCCGGGCCUGCUCUUCCUGAUUGCCGGCACGGUGUGCGCCUUCUACGCGUUCCUCGUGGGGGUCUCGCUCGUGGCGUUCGGCGCCUUCCUGCUCCUGCUGCCGGCGGCCGUAUGCCGUAUACUCAAGUCGCUGCCCGGUCGGGACAGCCCCGAACAUGGAAGCAGUAAAAAGGAGAGGCGAUGCACCAUCGCACGCGAUUCCCGGCCAACCUACGGGUCCCGGUACUCCGCCGCCUACGUGAAUCCCGCGUUCGAGCCCAAGGAGACGAUGGGGGACGACUCGUCGGGCUACGCUCGUGUCAGCUCCAUCAGCUGCAGCAGCAGCAGCAGCCUCCAGGGCCUGCACAAGCCGCCGUCGCAGAAGCCGCCCUGCCACCUGAGCAGCGCACCACGGAAGUACGCCAGCACCAACAGCCUCGCCGCGGAGUUGCACGAAGCCUGCCGCUACCAGCACAGCACCAAAGAACCGACCAGACCAUCCAGCCACGGUUUCCGGCACAUAGAGUUCGACCCCGAGUCGGCUCGCUUCGGCGAGCAGCCGCCGAGGUACUCGACCGUGGUCAGAGAGAGUCCGCUGAUAUAGCACUGCAGACACGACCACGGGCGCACACAAGAGAGGGUGGGGGACAGGCAGGUUAAAGCGAUAUUGACGUGACAUUUGUGACAUCUCGUUGUUUUUUUUUCAUACAUCUCCUGAGAAACGAAACCGUAAGUUGUCCCUAUACCAUAGUAAGCUAUUCAUGCCGCUUUGAGGCUUGCCAGUAUUUCUUCUAUAUGGCUUCGAGGUCCAGGCCCUUCAAUGAACGCAACGAAAAGUCGUAAAUGUCACUUUAGUACUCCUUUGAGACGUUUAGAAGGCCUUUAAGGGGGAAAUGUUUGCGUUGGCAAGCGGCCUGGCUAGCCCCCUCUACCUCCCUCGCCCUAUCCGCCCCAGUCUGGUGUGGGUAGAGUGAAACUUUUCUGGCUAUACCACGGUAUAGAGCAAACUGAUGACUCCCGCAGAACUUGUUGACACAUGUAGCACAGAAAAAACGCACGCGUUGCUACGUGUUUAUACUGAAACAGCACGCAAGUACACACGAAAGACAAGAGCGAGUGUCCCAACCUCUUCGCAUCGUCCAAGACAUCAGGCAGUUUCACUGCGAACGUGAUGAAGACUGAAAAAAAGUGAUAGCACAAUUUUUCAAAACUGCCGCGCGUGUUGGACUUCGUUUACAUGAAGUCGACGCCAGCGGGUCGAGUAUAAGAACUCCGGGAUGACCUAGCUCGACCCUAUCGUGUUUACAUGCAUCUUGCCAAGCGGCUUGCGCGAAUAAACCCACUCCUUUCAGGCGGGUUUGACUGAACUCGCCUCAACGCUUGUCCUGCCCCACCUGCUAGCGUUUACAUAAACCCAACUUUCGAUUUUCGUCCUGGGAAAAACCGGCUAGACUCGACUUCACCUGGUUCAUGUAAACGUAGGUCUGGCGACUAUAGGAAAGGAAAAGGCAAAAAAUAAAAGGGGCGCUCAGCCGUUCACUCGGUGGUGUUUCCAACACGGCCUAUAGCCUUCCCGCCUCUGUGGUUGAGGGAGGGGUUGGUUUCGUGUGUUGGUUUCGUGUGCCUGAACGCACGCAAAACAAGAUAUGCACUAUACCAAGUGUUGGCUGUGCCUAGCACAAGUCUGUGUUCUAGUAUGCUGCAAGUUCGCACGUCCGCAAACAUGGUUAGCGAAAUAAAAGCACGGUGAUGCGGGAUUGCACAAAAUGGCACGGUAACUAGGCCAUCGAAGCAGCGCUAUGUAAAGAAGCAUUGUCCAUUCUUCGCCUUCAUAAAGCACUCUUUGCAAACAUUUCGUCAUCAGUUUAUUGAUUGUUUGUCGUAUAUAGGCCUGACGCAUGAGAGUGAUCCAUUGGAACAAAAUGCAACAUGGACCCUGCAGUGUGCACCGAUUUGAAUAUUGUGUUGUAACACGGAACGACGCGCAAAUACAGCUAAUGAUAUAACCCCUCAAUGCUUUAACCUCCGAACGAAUUACUAAUAUAUCGUAGCUCCUAAAGAAUUUUUAUGAACAUUGUUAAAGAUAAAACAGAGAAGAAGAACAAGAUAAUUUUC